AUGGAACCCGUGGAAGGAGCCGACCGAGACGAUAUGCUGAGAAAACGAGAUGUUACAAAACCCCUGAAAGUUUCCUUAGAUGUCUACAGCGGUAUACGUAUUGGUCGGAGCAAUUCUGAGUCGUUUGAAGAAAAUAACAAACUGGCGACCGUGACACUACUACGAAGUUACAUGAGCGAUAGAGUGACCCGACACGUUGUAGAGAGUGGUGGAUUUUAUGGCACUUUCUUCAUGCCCUCGGGAGAUGGACUCUUCCCAGGUAUAGUGCACCUUUUCAACUGCGAAUAAAUAGACUAUAAAGAAUAUUCUGAAAGCAGACAAAUUAGGACCCUUAAGACUUUUCUUACAUAAACCCUUCGGAAGUAAUUUUUCAAAGGAAAAGCACCGACUCCCCUGUAUACCGUAUAUGAACGUGACAAUACAGAGAGGUCAUGCUGUUGCGUUACAAUUAUCGCUGCUACGUAACGGACAGUACAAGCAGAUGUCCAACGGCUAGUUACUUUGACAAUAACAAUGUUCCGAGUUUCCCUAUGUCUCCUUAUCAAAGCAGACCCGGUGCACAAGCAUUUUCAUGAAAAUGAAUUUAAUUCGCUUGUGAAUGAAAAUAAUUUCAAUAUAACGAGAAUUGGCUUUGAAAACGAGGCUUAAGGCCAGACCUUGUAGCAAAACGCAGUCUUCGUUCCGUCACUGAUAUUCGAGUCCUCUUUUGCGCCUUAUUGCGAUCAAGUCCAUCGUAUAUGUAUGACAAUGAAGAAAGCAUCCAAAUUUUGGCUGUGGCUUAUGAAGGCAUUCGAAGUCGAGAUAUCUGAGAGUGUGUCACGAAAUUCAGCUAGAUUAGGAAAUUACAAAAUGCCCGUUAAAUUAAGAGAAACUUAAAAAUAACCGCUUAAAACUUUAAAGGAAGGUUAAAAUAACAUAACAGAAACAACAGAUGUCACGGAUGGGCAAAACUGAAGAAGAUUGAAACGGAUUGAAAUUAGGAUUUUUGAAAACUGUUCAGCCUAACAGUUUUUCAAAGUUGAUCCCUGCUGCUUGCAACUUCAAAAAUAAUGCUCAGGAGACAUAUUUGUUUGUCUCGGGUCUCUGAUUUUGUCAUUUACAUGUAAUUUCUUUACUUACUGUAAGUUCCAUAGCGAUUGAGGGCGAGUAAUUGGCCAAGUAAAACAAAAUGAACUGGACUGCCGUGACACAGCCCCUUUAAGAGUUUUUAAGGGGCAUUUUUUGUCAAUAAAUUGCUGGAAAGAACCUAGACUCCCUGGGGUCUUUAUUCCCUAAAGCGCCAGUCACUGUCUACUACACUUGUAGUAUCCCGAUUUUUUCCGAGGGAGGGGGGACGUCUGUACACAGGCCAGUGUCGCAGCACCGUGAUCUUUAUUCUGGGCCGCUAACGGACUUAAUGAAUUACUGGAGGUGUCUUUCGAAUUUUCUUUCAACGUGAUUUGCCAAAUGAACAAUGGCUUAUUUAUCAAGCCAACCAUGGCGCGUACUCACAUCCUGGAAACCGGGAUUUCGGCGUUGGUUCGCAUACGGACUAGAUGUUCAGUUUCGUCUAUGGCGCUGUUUACUACACUUGCCGGCAACUGUCGGAGGAAUUUACUUGGCGAGGAACACCCCUAAGUAAUAAGCAAUAUUGUUAUAUAGCUGGAAACUUUUUGCUAAUAGCGCGCGCUCUCAUACUUCGAGGUCACAUGGCAUCUAACAAUGAAACUGUUUCCCGUCGAAAUCUGUGGGCUGGCAACAGUCAGAGGGUAACAGUGCACUGUUGCGCGCGAAUGUUGACCUACGACCCCCGUUACAGCGAGGUUUAAUGGAUUUCCAGCUUCAAAAUUUCGAAUCUUAAUGUUUUCGAGAGUAUCGGGAAACAAAGGUAACUGUUUCCUGAAGGACGAGUCAUUAAGUGUAUUUAUUAUAUGGCAACAAUAGUACGCGCGCUCUGAUUGGCUGUUUUCUUGUAGUGACCGGGCAUUAUUUUCUUGUAAUGACCAGGCAUUUCUAGCUAGGUGUCCAGGGCAUAUACCAUCUGUGUUUAACUUGAUAGUGGACAUCGUUAUGGACAUCCAUGUUAUGGUUAAUUGAAAGCUGGCAAAAAGGGUAUCCUCUGACCAGUGUCACCUGACUGUAUCGCAAGCUCAAGUGUACAACUCAUUGAGGUGACAUGUUUUUUAAAGUCUUCCGCCGACCAGUUGUUGGUUUUAAUUGACCACAAGCUCAGGUCCAUAUUGAAAAGUCCAUACAGUGAAACCUCGAUAGGGGACUGGCAAAAUUUGUUCGCUGUAACGAGGUUUCGUUAUAUCGAGGGACUUUUUCAUUCAUAUGUUUUCCUAUUACUGGGAUAAACAAAGUCGUUCGUUAUACCUAACCUAACUUAUCUAACAUACCUAACAUACCUAACCUAACUUACCGAACAUACCUAACCUAACUUCUAACUUCGUUGGAAGUUCGUUUUAUCGAGGUUCCUCUGUAUAAUAAAUAACUUAUAACCUCUUCCGUUCGGUCAUUACAGGGAAAUCUUAGAAAUCGGCCUUGAUGUAUUGACCUCGCUAUCCCUUGGUCAACACAUCAAGGCCUCGGACUGUUUUUUCCCUGUAGUUACCUCACGCUCAAUUAAUAAGUAGUAUUAUCUAAUGCUAUCUUUCUUCGUAGGUGUUAUCGAUAUAUGGGGGUUCACAGGUGGCUUAAGAGAGGACCGAGCAGCGCUGUUAGCAGCAAAUGGUUUUGCAGUCUUGGCGUUAGCGUACUGUGCAUUCAAAGACCUUCCUGAAAGGUAUGGCUUGCUUCAGGUAUCCUAUUUUGAGAGCGCAAUUGACUGGCUUACCUCACAACCGAAGGUGAAGUCUGGUGGAGUUGGCCUGGUUGGUCUGUCUAAUGGAGGUACAUUAGCGCUGGCACUUGCUGCUCAGCUAGGAGAGAAAGUCAAGGCAGUGGUCUCUAUUUCAGGAUACCCCAUGCUAAUUGGAUGUUCAUUGGCAAGUCAUACCAUGACUAUACCUGGCUAUCCUGUUGAUCUUGACCCCUCAAAAGGUUCUUGCUAUUCCCAAUUCUUGGCUAUAUUUACAAGUAAAGAUAUUUGCAAAAUAGGAUCGCCAUGGACAAUUCCGGUGGAGCACAUAUGCUGCCCCGUUCUACUUGUUCAUGGCCUUGCUGAUCAACUCGUCCCUGAUAUAGAAUGGAUGUGCGAGGAAAUCUUUCGACGCAUGCAACAAAGUGGCAAGGAAUCAUUGUGCCAAAAGCUUGCUCUUCCUGGUGCCAGCCAUUUUAUUACACCAUGCUAUAUAUCCCACCCUGUUCAAGGAAAUAUAUCAAAGUAUUCGAUGAAAUGUGGUUAA